CCCGAGGCGGCGGCGGCCGCCAUCAUGGUUUUCCUCACGGCCCCGCUCCGCCUGCGGAGCCGCCUCACCGACCGCUUCUGGAGGGUGCAGGACGUGCUGCGCUACGCUCGGCACUUCCGCGGAAGGAAGAACCGUUGCCCCGGGUUGGCCAUCCGAGCCGUCCACCGAGCCCUGGUGAAAUGUACCGACGCCCGCAGGCUGAAGAAGAGAAACAUGAGAACGCUGUGGAUAAAUCGGAUCGAAGCUGCUUCGCAGGAGCACAGCAUGAACUACAGAAGAUUCAUCUCCAAUCUGAUCAAGUGCCAAGUGGAGCUCAACCGCAAGGUGCUUGCCGACCUGGCCAUCUACGAGCCCAAGACCUUCAAGUCCCUGGCGGCCCUGGCCCAGAGGAGGGGGCACGAAGGUUUGGCCGCCGCCCUCGGAGACGGGAAGGAACCCCAGGGGGUGUUUUCCCGGGUGGUCUACUACUGGUGAGGCGGACACCUGCCUGCUGCCCGGGAUGGCCCGCCCUUUGACGUGGGGGGAAUCCCGGGCCAGCCGGGGUCACCCCCCACAGGGGGAGGAAGCCAGCCCCCACGGUGGGGACCGGGCGGCAAGAGCGGAGCGCAGUGCAACCGAGCGGGUCGUAGCUUGGAACACGGACCGGCGCCGGCAAGCGACUUUCCCUUCUCGGGCCGGGCCGCCGAAGACCAAGACUCACUGUCGGGUUUUGGCCGGGAGGAUGAGACUGAAAAUCAUCUUUCGCGGGCUUAGCGUGAGCACCGCGUGAGUCCUGAACAGACGGUCCAAAUAAAGGUCUUGGAAUAUACA